GGGUCUCGCCUUUGUUGACAGUUUCACUGAACACACACACACAGUUCCUCAAGACUUCUUCGUCAUCGUACAUAAGCUGCCCUUUUUGCUUGUUUUUGUCGUUCCUAUCAUUCCCCUCUAACGACAUCACCUUUUUUUGCUCUAUUUGCAUUGUUGCUUUGGCAUGAUUUCACAUGCGGCUUUUAAUCCCAGAGAACCUUCUUUCCACACGUGAAUCUGUUGAUUGAAUGGUGGGAGGUACAUAACGAUUUUCUGAUGCGUCUUUCCUUCUCUGAUACCGUUCUAAAUUUAUCCUCGACGUAACUAUUUAGAUAGUUGUGAUAUUAUCGUGACGCGCCUGUGUGGGAGAGAUCUACCAGCAGUUGGAUUCUAUCUAUAGUCAGUUUGGACUUUUUUUUUUUUUUUUUUACUCCCCCCUCUUCCCACUCAUUAAUCCCUUGAGGUUCUAGUUCUUUUUUCUUUCAAAAACUGUCCUCCCUAAAAAUCACCACGUUGGAAGGCUUGCAAAAAGAAAUGGCAUCCAGCUCAGUGAGUCAGGAGGAUGUGGAGAAGGAUUUCCAACUUCUGAGCAGACGCAGCAAGAUACGCACAGCUAGAGCCCGCAACCCCCUGCCUUUUUCGCAGAGACCAGUUGAUGAAAUGGAAGCAGAAGACAGAGAAGAGAGUCCCAAACCUGUGGGCAAGACCAAGGAACGCAGGGCAGUCAGAACAGAGCGGCCAAACUUUGUCAACAAAGGAAAACUUCAGAGGGAUAGGCGUAAGCUUCGCGAAAAGAGGCGAAGCACAGGUGUAGUCCAUUUGCAGUCAACAGAGUCAACCGGAGGCAGCACAGGAGAAGAUGAUGGAGAACAGUCUCCGUCGUGGGAUGAGACCAAGAAAAAUACAGUCAUUAACGAAGGCAGCGGAAUUGAUCCUGGGAAAGUCGAUCCAAAAAACCCUGGGCGUUCCUAUAUUGGGCCAUCGGACUUGGAAGCCGAUGACGAAGAUACCCAGGAUGGCGAUUCGCUAAAUCAUUUAAAGCUCGAUAUCAAUUUAACUGAAUUGAAUAUCAAGGAAGACUCGCAGCUGUCAACGUCACACGACAGCACACCCGAAUCACCGCCUAUCGAUUUGGUUGAGCAGGCGUUGCAGAGAGCUAAACAGGAGAUGAAGCAUCUCAGCACGCAGCUCGGUGAAGCCCGGCGUGAGAUCUCUCUGCUCAAAGCCGAACGGGAUUUCUUGCGGGAGCAAAAUCUGGGUUUGCGGAACAGAGCUCUAGCCGAGAAGAAAUGAAUCUAGGAGAAAAGAAAAAGAGACUUGCUGGUUAAAAAUGUGACCCACUUUAUUAUUUUUCACGUAGGUCUCUCCUAGCCCCUUUCCAAUCCUCCAGAUCAUACAAGUUGGUAUUACAACAGGUUUAUGUUUUUUUUUUCAUUUUUGAAAACGCUUUAUACUAAAAAAUCGAAGGCAGCUCCUUGAUUUCGCCUCGAAUAUCGCGGAACCUCAACAUUUACGUCCUUUGUCGCCAUUUGAUUUUUUUUUUGCCCUUUCGUAAAAAUUUUAACGUCGCCUUUGGCAAUCUGACCCUUUCCUCAUCAAGCUAUUCCCUUUUUUUGCUAAUUGUUUCUUUUUUUGUGGCUUUGAUUUCAUGUUGUAUCCCCUAAUCAACAAUCCUUUUCAUGUGAUGGAAAUGAAGUUUGAAUAUUUAUUGUUAAACUUGCUGAUGAAUGAUUAAAUUAGGUACAAUAAAAAUGCUGUAUGGAAGGUUAA